AGUAGCCCCACUUUUUAUAUGGUUGCUAUGGAAAUCACCUGUAUUAGGUAACCUUGUACUGUGGGUGACUGUGCUCGUGUCCAUGUUGGCUGCUGGUGUUGCUACUUGGUACUACAAAUUCGCCACCUCCCCACUCAGGGCAGGAGUGUACGGUAAAGAGUUUCAGUACUACUACACAAAACCCUACUUCCGUUUUAUUCCCUAUCUUGUGGGCAUAUUCGGGGGUUGGCUCUACCAUAAGUACGCCAAGAGAAUGGAACAACUUGCUAAAAUGAAACCACUGACGAAGCUUGUGUUGUCAGUACAGUUGUGGGCUGUUACAAUAGCUAUAGAGUACGCGGUAAUAUUCGGGACACAUAACGAUGCAGGGAUUGCGCCGACAGUAGAAUCCCCGGGAGUUACAAUACCGUAUGCUAUAUUCGGGAGGGUGGGCUGGGCUGGUGCUCUACUCACACAGAUAUUCCUCUGUCAGGCUGGACUCGGAGGUCCUAUAAAUGACUUCCUGAGCUGGAGGGGGUGGUUACCGCUGUCUCGUCUCACAUACUCUGUCUAUCUUCUACACUACGGGAUCAACAUCGCCUGGGUGGCUCAACUCCGUCAUGUUUACAGCUACAGUCCUGACUUUCAGUCGGUGGUCAUCUUCCUUGGUCUUAUAGCAACUGUAAACUUUUGUGGAGUGUUACUGUUUCUCUUUGUCGAGCAACCGUCUGCUAAUCUGGAGAAACUGCUCCUUCCUGCACCUCGACCUCCUAGGAAUGUUGCUACAAACAUUCCUGAUCAGAAGAGGAACAUACCUGAGCACAGCGAUCAAGUUGAACAGAAAAUGGAGGUUCCUGAAGAGCUUGGAGAAAUUCCUGAUCACAACGGCCACGGGGAUUUUGUUCAGACUGCUGAAGAGAAACUGGAAAUUCCUGACUAGAGCGAUAAAAUCCUGAUCAGAAAAAGGGAAUUCAUGGACAAAACGAAAAGCAGUGAACCAUUAACCAGGCAAAAUGGAUUCAAAAAUUAACUUUUAGACCCUUUGGUUGCC